UAGUACAACACUUGAGGAGAAAGAGGGCGGGGCGGCGGAGGUGCACGGUGUACCUGGAUCUCGAUCGAGAGGCGCGCCCGGCUGUGGCGGCGCGGAGGAGAAGGAUUUGGUGAGAGGGUGAGCGAGGAGCGGAGUGGGGAAGAGAUAGGGUUGCUCUGACUCUGAAUCCAACUCGCUGCUCGCCUGGUGCUGGCUAGGCCGUUUAAGCCCAUCGGCCCAAACGCGGAGCUGGCCCAUCAGCCGUUCCAGAUCGGCCCGGUCCUGCGAGACAAGAGGAGGAAUCCACGUUUCCACCUCCACCGCCUCCGGCUUCAGUUCCCCGAGGCUAGAAUUCGGAUCCCUCCCACCACAUCCAUCCCCUUCCCUUCCCUUCCCUCGUGCCCCGCCGGCUCUCCAGCGCGCCGUCUCUGCCCAGAUCCAGGAGAUAUGCCUCGCUAUGAUGAUCGCUAUGGAGGCACGCGCUUGUAUGUUGGCAGAUUGGCCCCCCGUACUCGUUCUCGUGAUUUAGAAUAUCUCUUCGGCAAAUAUGGAAGAAUACGAGAAGUGGAGUUGAAGCGCGACUAUGCAUUUAUUGAGUUCAGUGAACAUCGUGAUGCCGAUGAAGCUCGGUACCAACUAGAUGGCAGGGAUGUCGAUGGAAGUCGCAUUGUUGUUGAGUUUGCUAAAGGGGUCCCACGUGGUCCAGGUGGCUCACGUGAAUAUAUGGGAAGAGGCCCUCCACCAGGCACAGGUCGUUGUUUCAACUGUGGAAUGGAUGGUCACUGGGCAAGAGACUGUAAGGCUGGUGACUGGAAAAAUAAAUGCUACCGUUGUGGAGAAAGAGGGCAUAUAGAAAGAAAUUGCCAGAACAGUCCUAGGAGCGUCAGGCGUGAAAGAAGUUACUCACGCUCCCCAUCUCCACGCCGUGGAAGAGGUCGCAGUCCAAGCUAUAGCAGGAGCAGGAGCCGGAGCCGGAGCCGGAGCUAUAGCCGAUCGAGGUCCCUAUCUGGAUCUCCUAGGGGAGGCCGCCGUGACCGUGAUGAUAGGAGAUCGAGGAGUCUUAGCUACAGCAGGAGCCCCAUGCGGUCGCCACCUGCAAAGGAAAAGGAGCGCAGUCCCACACCUGGCGGAAGCAGGAGCCCAAGGAGCCGCAGCCCACAGGAUCAGGUGAUGAGCCCACCACCUAAGGAUAACGGCGACAGGAAUGGUUCAGACCGUGGCGACAGCCCCAGAGGGAGGGAAAACAGCAGGAGCCGCAGCCGCAGCCGCAGCCCAUCCGGUGGUAACCGCAGCCCUGCAGCUAAUGGGCGUAGCCCGAGCCCCAGAGGUGACCGUACCCCGAGCCCCAUGGCUGACCGUAGCCCGAGCCCAAAGGGCAAUGGUAACAACGAUGGUGGUGAUGAUGAUACUGGCCGUGGUGGUUCCCCCACAGGAAGCAAGUCACCCUGAACGCUGCACCGUCUCAGUUCUUAGGUGCUUCGUGAUGCAGUGGGCAAACAUACCAAAGACGUGAUAGCUGUAUCGUUUCCCUAUCUGAGACGUGGACUUAUUUAGCUUGCUUUGAUAUUGGUGUCUUAUUUCUCUUAUGAAUAAUGUGGACACGCAUGUUGUGUCGCCCUAUGUUGGUAUUUACCUGCAAUGCUAUAGCGUCAGUCUUGUUGAGGCCUGAGCAAAAACAACCAGAUACCCCCUUUGAAAGGUA